AAAAAUUUGUUCCCCCAAACAAAAACGUCCUCCUUCCUUCUUCUCUCUUCCGGUCUUCCCCAUCCUCCUCCAUUAAACCAAUCAAGUUCAACCAAUCUCUCCACACAACGCCUCCCACUCACUCUCUUAUUUCCACUCUCAGUAGAAAACUUGCCAGAAAGGAAACAAAAAUCGGAAGAAAAUCUCUCUUCUCAUCCUCCUCCUCCUCCUCCUUGUUUCGUUCGCCGUUCCUCUGAUCUCUUGAUUGCUGUAAACGCAGAGACCUUCCUAUUUCUGUUUUGAUUGUUUCUUUUCGUUUCUGCUUCGUAACCAUGACGGACACCACGGACGAUAUCGCGGAAGAAAUGUCGUUCCAGAGCUUCGACGACGACUGCAAGCUUCUCGGAAAUCUGUUCAACGACGUGCUGCAGAGGGAAGUUGACAGCACGCUCAUGAAGAAGCUCGAAAAGAUUCGAAUCGUCGCUCAGAGUGCUUGUAAUAUGAGGUUGGCGGAGAUAGAGGACUCGGCAGAGAUGCUGGAGAAACAAGUGGCUGCGGAGAUGUCACAGUUGACAUUAGAGGAGGCCUUGACUCUGGCUCGUGCAAUUAGCCAUUACCUUAACCUGAUGGGAAUUGCCGAGACACAUCACAGGGUCCGCCGGUUAAGAAGUGCUACUCACUUAACCAGAUCUUGCGACGAUGUGUUCACUCAGCUUUUGCAGAGUGGAGUUUCUGCAGAUCAACUGUAUCAUACCGUGUGUAAGCAGGAGGUAGAAAUCGUUCUUACUGCACAUCCUACUCAAAUUAACCGGCGUACAUUGCAGUAUAAGCACGUCAGAAUUUCUCAUCUUUUAGAUUAUAAUGAUCGAACUGAUCUUACUCAUGAAGAUCGAGAAAUGCUCAUAGAAGACCUGGUCAGAGAGAUCACCUCAAUUUGGCAGACAGAUGAGCUCAGGCGUCAUAAACCAACACCAGUGGAUGAGGCCAGGGCUGGAUUGAAUAUUGUUGAGCAAUCCCUUUGGAAAGCUGUACCUCACUAUUUACGUCGAGUCAGCAAUUCCCUAAAAAAGCACACAGGAAUGCCACUACCGUUGACAGCCACACCAAUAAAAUUUGGUUCUUGGAUGGGGGGUGAUAGAGAUGGAAAUCCUAAUGUGACAGCUAAGGUCACAAGAGAUGUAUCUUUAUUAUCUAGAUGGAUGGCUAUUGACCUUUAUAUUCGGGAAGUUGACAGUCUCAGAUUUGAACUAUCUAUGACUCGGUGCAGUGACAGGCUGUUGAAAGAGGCACAGGAUAUUCUGAAAGCAGAAAAUUCUUUGGAGGACAGGCAUGAUAGUCAAGGAACCAGAAGUCAGCUCAAGUUUAGUAGCCAACAGUCUCGAUCUGUUCCAAUGCAGCUACCUGCUAGUCCUGACCUACCUGCCUGUGCUGAUCGCGAUAAUGAUGGAUCUCGAUAUCCCAAACUGGAACUUCCAGGGACAGAUUACAUGCCAUUUAGUAAUACACUGUUCUGCUCAUUACAGGGAAAUCGUGGCCCAUCAAUCCCAAUAUCUCCAGCUAGCCAUCGCAGCACACAGAAUGGAAACGCAUCUGCUUCCAAUGCGUCUCCAUCUUCUGGGAUGCAAAGGGUUCCUUCUUUCUCGUCUGUUCAACUCACUGCUCAGAGGAAAAAAUUUGCAGAGUCUAUGAUAGGAAGGUCGAGCUUCCAUAAACUUCUUGAGCCAACUCCUGUGCAACCUGCAAUUGCUCCUUACAGGAUUGUUCUUGGUAAUGUAAAAGACAAGCUUCUGAAGACAAGAAGACGGUUGGAACUACUUCUUGAAGAUAUCCCAUGCGAAACCGAUCCUUGGGAUCACUUUGAAACUGCCGAUCAACUGUUGGAGCCUCUGCUUUUAUGCUACGACUCUCUGCAAUCAUGCGGGUCUGGGUUUCUAGCUGAUGGUCGUCUGGCUGACCUGAUACGUAGAGUUUCCACCUUUGGCAUGGUGUUGAUCAAGCUAGACUUACGACAGGAAUCUGGUAGACAUGCUGAGGCUUUGGAUGCAAUCACUAAAUUUCUGGAUAUAGGCACGUAUAGUGAGUGGGACGAGGAAAAGAAGCUGGAGUUCUUAACAAGGGAACUGAAGGGAAAGAGGCCAUUAAUUCCUUCUAGUAUUGAGGUUCCACCCGAGGUGAAAGAAGUAUUGGAUACCUUCCGUGUGGCUGCUGAGCUUGGCAGUGACUCUCUUGGAGCUUAUGUGAUUUCUAUGGCAUCCAAUGCAAGUGAUGUUCUUGCAGUGGAGCUUCUUCAAAAAGAUGCCCGUCUUUCUGUUAGUGGAGAGUUAGGGAGACCAUGUCCUGGUGGAACGCUCCGGGUUGCUCCACUGUUUGAAACUGUGAAGGAUCUGAGAGAGGCUGGUUCAGUAAUCAGAAAACUGUUGUCGAUCGAUUGGUACAAGGAGCACGUCAUCAAGAAUCAUAACGGCCAUCAGGAGGUGAUGGUUGGAUAUUCGGACUCUGGCAAAGACGCAGGCCGCUUCACUGCUGCUUGGGAGCUUUACAAAGCCCAAGAGGAUGUUGUGUCUGCAUGCAACGAGUUUGGCAUUAAAGUAACUCUCUUCCAUGGCCGUGGAGGAAGCGUCGGUCGUGGUGGCGGACCCACAUAUCUCGCCAUUCAAUCCCAACCUCCAGGCUCAGUAAUGGGCACUCUGAGGUCAACUGAGCAGGGAGAAAUGGUGCAGGCAAAGUUCGGUCUCCCAAACACAGCAGUCAGACAGCUAGAGAUCUACACAACUGCAGUUCUGCUCGCAACUCUGCGGCCACCACUCCCACCUCGGGAACUAAAAUGGCGAAGCCUGAUGGAGGAGAUAUCAAAGGUGAGCUGCCAGAACUACAGGAGCACGGUGUACGAGAACCCGGAAUUCAUCACCUACUUCCAGGAGGCCACCCCACAGGCCGAGCUGGGUUACCUCAACAUAGGCAGCCGUCCCACGCGCAGGAAGGCCUCGACCGGAAUCGGCCAUCUCCGCGCCAUCCCUUGGGUGUUCGCGUGGACGCAGACCAGAUUCGUCCUGCCCGCCUGGCUCGGUGUCGGUGCAGGACUCCAGUACGCUUGCGAGAAGGGACAUACCGAGGACCUGAAGGCGAUGUACCAAGAGUGGCCCUUCUUCCAAUCCACGAUCGAUCUCAUCGAGAUGAUCAUAGGGAAGGCCGACGCCUCGAUAGCGAAACACUACGACGAAGUGCUGGUUUCGGAGAGCAGGCAGAAGAUUGGGGAUGACCUGAGGAAGGAGCUGUCGUCGACGGAGAAGUACGUGUUGGUGGUGAGUGGGCACGAUAAGCUGUCGGACAACAACAAGAGCUUGAGGCGGCUUAUUGAAGGGAGGCUGCCGUAUUUGAACCCGAUGAACAUGUUGCAGGUUGAGAUUCUGAAGAGGCUGAGAAGGGACGAUGAUAACGUGAAGCUCAGAGAUGCUUUGCUGAUCACCAUUAACGGGAUUGCUGCUGGAAUGAGGAACACUGGUUGAAGAAAGUAACGCUGUGGAAAUUUUUGGUUGUCCGGACCGUUCUUUUUUUGGACGAAUGCGUACUUUUCUCUGGGAUCCUGAAGUUUUGUUGAGGUAUAUAACUAUAUAUACGUUUACACAGUAACGCAGAUCUGCUUUCUGUUAUCUUUUCUUGGAGUGUUUUCUUUUAUUAGAAGUGUCUAGGCGGUACGACCGAGUCUGAGAGUCCAGGAAUGGGUCCUAAGGUGAAGGGAGGCUGGGAGGGUCUUCUUGCCAAAGUCAGACUAACGGCUGCCAAUAUCUUUGGGCCCUGGGCUGAUCUUGUUCAUUGGGCUCGUAUUUUAUGAACUGUUAAGCAUAUAUGGGUUGUGCUGUUUCUUGUUGAUUUUGAGGAGUUGCAUCAAGUGGAUCUAUUUCUCUUUCUACUAUUGAUGGUGGUUGUGCUAUAGCCUUAUAGGAUUGUAUAUUGGAAAAAUUACGUUGUAUGUGAUGGUGAGCUUUUGUAUAAAAAAUCCCAGGCCGUUUUGGAGAGAAAUGAAUGAAACUGUAUGUUCAUUCUCUUCAGAGAUGGUCGCCUUCUAGGGGUGUUUAAACGGUUUAGUUACAAUGGUAAUCGUUUUAACUGGUA